AGCCCUCAAAGACAGACCGAUAGACAGACAGCUGGCAAGAGGCAGCCUGGGGGACACAGCUGCUUCAGCAAACCCCAUGGCUGAGUGAGCCUCCCCUGGGCCCCCCACCCAUCUCAGCAUGGUCCAGCCCUGUGGGGGGCGCUCCAGAGCACAGCCACCGACCGUGUAUUUGGGGGCAGCCAUGACCCAGCCUUUGCCCGACAAAGCGCCAGCCAAGAAGCAUGUUAGGCUGCAGGAGAGGCGGGGCUCCAACAUAGCUCUGAUGCUGGACGUGAGGUCCCUGGGGGCCGUGGAGCCCAUCUGCUCGGUGAACACGCCCCGGGAAGCCACCCUCCACUAUCUGCGCACGGCUGGGCACCCCCUCUCACGCUGGGCCCUGCAGCACCAGCCACCCAGCCCCAGACAGCUGGAGGAGGAAUUCAUGAAGAUCCCCUCGAACUUUGUCAAUCCUGAAGAGCUAGACAUCCCAGGCCACGCCUCUAAGGACCGAUACAAGACCAUCUUGCCAAAUCCCCAGAGCCGUGUCUGCCUAGGCCGGGCACAGAACCAAGAUAAUGGAGACUACAUCAAUGCCAACUACAUCCGAGGCUAUGACGGGCAGGAGAAGGUCUACAUUGCAACCCAGGGCCCCAUGCCCAACACGGUGGCGGACUUCUGGGAGAUGGUGUGGCAAGAAGAAGUGUCCCUCAUUGUCAUGCUCACUCAGCUCCGAGAAGGCAAGGAGAAAUGUGUCCACUACUGGCCCACAGAAGAGGAAAUUUAUGGACCCUUCCAGAUCCGCAUCCAGGACAUGAAGGAGCGCCCAGAAUACACUGUGCGGCAGCUCACCAUCCAGUACCAGGAGAAGUGCCGGUCAGUGAAGCAUGUCCUCUUCUCAGCCUGGCCUGACCACCAGACCCCAGAGUCGGCUGGGCCUCUGCUGCGUCUGGUGGCUGAGGUGGAAGAGAGCCCAGAGACAGCUGCUAACACCGGGCCCAUAGUGGUCCACUGCAGUGCAGGGAUUGGCCGCACUGGCUGCUUCAUCGCCACCAGAAUUGGCUGCCAGCAGCUGAGGGCCAGAGGAGAAGUGGACAUUCUGGGCAUCGUGUGCCAACUGCGGCUGGACAGAGGGGGGAUGAUCCAGACCACGGAGCAAUACCAGUUCCUGCACCACACUUUGGCCCUGUAUGCGGCCCAGCUGCCCGAGGAGUCCAGCCCCUGACCCCUCCCACCCUCCACCAGCCCAGGUGCCAACUUUCCUUCAAACCUCAGAAAGUGGGUCUCAGGAAAGUAGACUGUGUGACCUGGGGCACCUCUGGGUGGGCAUGAAGAACAAAUGCAUCUUCAGCGAGCUCUUGCAGCCACAGGAAGCUUCAUCAGCAAGAUGAGGGGCCAGACUCCAGGUCUUCAACACUGGCCGCUCCUCAGUUUUCUCUAGUGCCUCCAAGCAGACGAUGGCGGGGACCUCCCAUGUCUCUCUGAACUUAAAGAUACGAGCUGGCACUUACGACAAACCUGAGAAAGAAGUCCAGGUGUCUGGUCUUCUCUUUGUGAGCUUCAGUCUGCUCGUCUAUAACAUGGACAUUAAGUGCUCUGCUGCCAUACAAGGAAGCAAUCAGAGAAGUUCCUAGAAGCCAUUCCCUUCCUGUGACUGGCAAGAGGGUGAUUCAAGAGCGUAUUCCACCAGACCCUGCCCCUGCCCAAGCACAGGCCAGAUGCAAGAGCUGGGAGAGUCUGGUCCUGACCUCAGUCAAGUGCUCAACAUGCUAGCCUUGAUUCCCUGCUCCCCCAUUACCCAUCUGUGAGGGCCAGACACCCACCAAACAGGACAAGGAUCCAGAUCAUCCCUCCUUCCAUACAUGUGUACAAGGUGGCCAGGUCAAGCAAUUGAAAUCUCUGGGAAGAGAAAAGUUGGAGGUCCCCCUCAGAAGCCCAGAGCUGUAAUUGCCAGCCACUCAUCCCAACUACUCCCUAGAGAGGCCCCAGCAUCCUCUGCCUUACUUCUAUGACCUCAGAUGAUACCCUGGGCACUAAAGAAGUAAAAAAGAAAGAGGAGAAGAGACAAAGAACUUCGCCUGGUUUUAGACAACCAGCCCCCACCCCUACAUUUGCAGAUACCUAGAGAGCUUUCUCAUCUUGAUAAACAAUCUGGGGUUUAUGACCACUCCAUGCAGAUAUGGGGGCUCAGACUGAACUGGGACCCCACAUAGUCUGUUAACUCCCCUCAUCCGUUUCAGCAUCCAUACAAUUUCCAGGGUACCCCAGAUCUAUCUCAGGGCUGAAGUAGACAUCCCAGGAAACUAUUCAAAUCCUUCACCCUCCUUGAGUCUAAGAUGGCUGCCUCUGGGGAUGAAGGUAAGGCGCCAUUUCUCCCGGCACUCCGCCUCUGGGAUCUGAUUCUGCUGAUACCAAUUCUUCGUGGAAAUCCCCAAGGAGCUAGAUCCUGGAGAGAGCUGGGCUCCUUACUCAUGACAUCUCUUCUGAAGAAUAUGCAGUGUUAAAACUGAAGCUUAAUUUUCUUAAUGCUUCUGCUUGGCCUUACUGAGGAACUCCUCCUUCUUUACAGCCCUAGGAAGGGGGUCAACCCCUGUGAGAGGCACUUACAGUCUGUGCCAAGGAAGCUGGGUGGGAACCCCUUAAGUGCCUGAUCUUACCCAGAGCUCAGACCCAGCCAGGAGGGAAGCUCCCCUCCAUGUCGCUGUUGCCCCAACCCUGUUCCAGAACUUAGAGGGUACAAGCUCGGGAAAAGUAACCAAGUGGGAAAAUAAAGACUUUUUGGAUGACUGAUUCAUUCCUUCUCUCCAUCUUCUUCUCAGGCCUUUGGGGCUUCUUUAAAGCAACAGGGAGAGUUAAGACUCCACAAACUAGGAACAGGCUACAGAUAUCUGUUCCUGGGAUAUGCCCCACUUGUAGCACUUUGAGGGGCACAUAAGACAAAGUCAAGCUGGAGUCAGUUUAGGAAAUAGAACGAAGGCCUACCCAAGGAGCUAGAGAGGAAUUUAUGAAGAGUCGAGGCUAAAUGGUGGUGGAAUAAUCUGGAAAAGGACAGUGGUGAUGGCUGCAC